GGGCGGCGGCCACGGUGACAUCAGGCCUGGCUGGCGCCGAGCGCAAACCGCCGCCGCCCCGCGACCCGCCUUCUCCCGUCGCCAACAAAAGCCCCGGGAGGCCGCCGGCCCCAGCGCCGCUCCCGACACCGACCGGCCCGGCCCGGCCCAGCUGCAGGAUGCCGAACUGGGGAGGAGGGAAGAAGUGUGGUGUCUGCCAGAAGGCCGUGUACUUCGCCGAGGAAGUGCAAUGCGAAGGCAACAGCUUCCACAAGUCCUGUUUCUUGUGCAUGGUCUGUAAGAAGAACUUGGACAGCACCACUGUUGCUGUGCAUGGAGAGGAGAUCUACUGCAAGUCCUGCUAUGGCAAGAAGUACGGUCCCAAGGGCUACGGAUACGGGCAGGGAGCAGGGACCCUGAGCACUGACAAGGGCGAGUCUCUGGGCAUCAGAUAUGAAGAGGGCCAGCCCCACCGACCCACCAACCCCAACGCAUCCAGAAUGGCCCAGAAAGUCGGAGGUGCUGAUGGGUGCCCUCGCUGUGGCCAAGCCGUGUAUGCAGCCGAGAAGGUGAUUGGAGGUGGAAAGUCCUGGCACAAGUCCUGCUUCCGCUGUGCCAAGUGUGGCAAAAGCCUGGAGUCCACCACCCUGGCAGAUAAAGAUGGGGAGAUCUACUGCAAAGGUUGCUAUGCCAAGAACUUUGGUCCCAAGGGCUUUGGCUUCGGGCAGGGUGCCGGGGCGCUGGUCCACUCGCAGUGAGGCACCAGGAGCUGGUACCCAGGGCUCCUCUGUACCAGCCUGCGCUGCUCGACCCGCACCGCACCGCAGCGAGCAUCCUCACCACCACCAGUAACCACCCGCUGCUUCACAGCACGAGCCCCGUCCUCCCGCCCUGACCCGGCGCAUCCUGACACCGUGGGGUUCCCAGCAUCAUUCCCAGCAGGUCCUGCUGGUGCGGGUGCCGGCGGGAGGGGGUCAGCUCACACCACCCGCAGCCAGGCCCGCAACGUCCCGCUCCGCGCUGCCCAUCCCGCCGGGAUGCGCGCUCAGCCGUGCCAGCAAUAAACAUCCAAACUGA